CACAGUGAAAUGCUGCUGCUGCUGCUGCCACUCCUAGUCCUGGCAGAUCUCCUCCCAGGUGGUGACAAUAAGGACGCCCUCCAGGGACCGACAUCUUACCAUGUCAUCCAGAUCUCAUCCUUUAUAAACAGCUCCUGGACACAAACUGAAGGUUCAGGCUGGAUGGAAGAUUUGCAGAUUCAUAGAUGGAAAGAAAGUAAUAACUACUCUACGAUAUUCCUGACACCCUGGUGUAACGGUACCUUCAGUAAGGACGAGAUUGAAGAAAUGGCAGCGCUCUUCAAAAUCUACUUCUCUGGACUCACAAGGGAACUGCGUGACCACCUCCUUGAAUUCCAGAUGCACUAUCCCUUUGAGAUACAAAUGAUAGGAGGCUGUGAGUUGCAUUCUGGAGGUGCCAUUGAAAGCUUCUUAAGGGCAGCUUAUGAAGGACAGAAUUUCCUGACCUUCAAGAAUUAUUCAUGUUUGCCUGAUCCAAAAGCUGGUUACAGCGCGGAGAUAGUAUGUGCACUACUUUCUCAAUACAGAGGAAUCUCUGAAAUUGUGAAGAUACUGCUCUACAAAAAAUGCCCCCGGUUUCUGCGUGGUGUCCUUAAAACAGGGAAGGCCUACUUGCAGAGGCAAGUGAAACCCAAGGCCUGGUUGUCCAGUGGCCCCAGUCCUGGGCCUGGCCGUCUUCUGCUGAUAUGCCACGUGUCUGGGUUCUACCCAAAGGCUGUGUGGGUGAUGUGGAUGCGGGGUGAAGAGGAGAAGGUGGAUCAGCAACAUGAAAUCCUUCCUUUUGCUGAUGGGACGUGGUAUCUGCGAGUGACCUUGGAUGUUCCUGCUGAGCAAGCAACAGGCCUGUCUUGUCGGGUGAAGCACAGCAGUCUGGGAAACCGAGAUAUCGUCCUCUUCUGGGGACGUUCUGUCUCCAUUGGCUUGAUAUUUUUGGCAAUUCUGCUCUGUUUAGCCAUUUUGCUGAUCCUGGCCCUAUGGUAUUGGAGGCGCUGGUGAGUAUCUCUAGUUAGUCUCCCUCUGCCCCCUUCUCAGUGGUUUCCACCACUUCACGUAGUUGGUGCUUUUGUAAGAAGACUUUUCACCUUGUCCUUGUCUUCCCAACUCCCUGUCUCCUCUGUAGUAACAACACUGGUGACAUUUAUCACUUUUCCCGUUGUUAAUGUUCAGAUCAGGUGCGCUACUGAAUUCAGAGUUUUGUGCA